AAAAGCCACCAUUUAAGACCAGCUUACUACUUCCAUACGCGUGCUUCACAAGCCAUUUUCGCUCUCAGAUCUUGUUUUCCCCGUUCCCACACACUCAGAAAUUUCCUUCUCAGAUCUGGAAUUCGGCCAUCAGGCCCAGGCUGCUGUUGCCGCACUCCCGCGCAUUGCGGAACGGAUUUUGUUCGCACUGAAUUUUGGGAUUUGUGGUUGCGCAUUCUGCAAUUUGCACCGAUCGCUGCAGAUCUGUUGACGGUUCCUCAAUGUGCUGAAAUCCGUCUACGUUGUGAUUACGGAUGUGUGUUGUGUUUGAUUUUGGGGGAGAGUGCGGUUUCUGUUCGUAACUGAGGAAGGGGAAGGGGAUUGUUGUGAUUGUUGUUAUUGUUUGCGUGGGGGAUAAUUUAUAUCUGACAUGGCAUUGCAAUCAGGGGCAGUGGCGGCGCCGGAGAAGCUAUCGGUGCAGUGGUACAGCAACCAGCAGCCGCUGCCGCUGCCGCAUCAUCAGAUGGAUGAGAGGGACGGGUUACUGAUGUGGCUGCGAGGUGAAUUUGCGGCUGCCAAUGCGAUUAUCGAUGCGCUGUGUCACCAUUUGAGGGCGGUGGGGGAUCCUGGGGAGUACGAUGGUGCGAUAGGGUCGAUACAGAUUAGGCGGUGUAAUUGGAACCCUAUUCUGCAUAUGCAGCAGUACUUCUCCGUGGCUGAGGUUGGUUAUGCGCUGCAGCAGGUGGCCUGGAGGCGCCAGCAGAGGUCUAUGGGGUUUGAUGGGAGUGGGAGGACGGGUGGAGGCGGGAAGGAGCCGAGGCGCGGAAGCAGGGGGCAGAGAGGAGGUUUUGAGCUGCAGAAUUCGAGCGAUGUCGUUAUUAAGGAUAUGAACGACGGGCAUGUGAAAAAUAAUCUGAUUGCGUAUGAGAAAUUGGAUGGAGGAGAGAAAGAGAAAGUGGAGGAGAAAGAGGAGAAGAAAGAGCUGAAUAAAACAACUGAAGCAGAUAGUGUAGUGAAGGAUGGGAUCUCACAGGGAUCUGUGGGACAGGCAGAUGAUAAGGCAGAGACUGCAGGGUCUUUCAGUGUGGAUGGAUCUGGAUUAGAAGGGAAACAAAACCUUGAAGUUACUCCAAAAACUUUUGUUUCUAAUGAGAUAUGCGAGGGAAAAUCGGUUAAUAUAGCUGAGGGUAUGAAGUUUUAUAAAGAUUUCUUUGGUGAUUCCGAUGUUUCGAAGCUUAUUGCUUUGGUUAAUGACUUGAGAGCUGCUGGGAGGAGAGGACAGCUGCCAGGUCCAAUUUUUGUUGUCUCGAAGAGGCCAAUGAAGGGACACGGAAGAGAGAUGAUUCAAUUGGGCGUCCCUAUAGCAGACGCACCUCCCGAAGAUGAAACUGUCACGGGGACUUCUAAAGAUCUAAAACCUGAGCCCAUCCCGGCAGCGAUUCAAGAUAUUGUUCAACGGCUACUCACUGAACACGUCAUCAAUGUCAAGCCAGACUCCUGCAUUGUGGAUGUUUUCAACGAGGGUGACCACUCGCAGCCUCAUAUCUGGCCACAGUGGUUCGGUCGGCCUGUCUGUGUGCUGUUCUUGACCGAGUGCGAUAUGUCUUUUGGUAAGAUAUUGACAGUCGAACACCCUGGCGACUACCGAGGUGCCCUCAAGCUCUCCCUCUCCCCCGGAUCCGUGCUUGUGAUGCAAGGGAAGUCUGCUGAUUUCACCCGACACGCAAUACCGUCCCUUCGCAAGCAACGUAUACUCGUCACACUGGUGAAGUCGCAGCCCCGAAAAAUCGGCGCCGGCGAUGGCCCCCAUCGCUAUGCAUCCGUCGGGGCCCCUCCUUCCGGAUGGGCCCCACCUCCGAGCAGAUCACCGGGUCACAUCCGUUCCGCCGCUGCUGCCAAACAUCUGAACCCCAUUCCACCCGGCGGCGUCCUCCCUGCUCAAACUCCCCGCCCGCAGCUCCCCCCGCCAAACGGCAUCCAACCGAUCUUCCUACCGGGACAGGUAACGCCCGGCGUAGCAUUCGCUACGCCGGUUGCUCUCCCGCCUGCCUCCGCUGGCUGGGCUGCACCCUCCCCGAUGCAUCCUCCUCCUCGACUGCCGCUCCCCGGCACUGGAGUCUUCCUUCCGUCCAAAAGCAGCUCCGGCAGUAAUAAUUCCUCGAGCCAGCCUGCUGCGACUGCGGCUCCUGAAAGUGCCAACACCCAAACUUCGCCAGGCCCUGAUGAUCCUGCUGAAGGGGAGACGGAUAAUCGAGUUUGCAAUGGGACAAAUGAUGGAACCAAGACGGCUCCGGCUACAGGUACAGGUACAGCGACGAAUGCUAAAACUAGUUCUGCUGCUGCUGCUAAGGAAGAAGAACAUGAAGGUGGUGGUGUAACAGGCAAAUCAUCGCCGGAAGCAGCAGCAGCGUAGUCGGGAAGGUAAUCGAGUGGCGACGGCGCGGAGAGGAAAUGAGAGGAGAGGAGAGAGAGAGAGCUUCAUUCUUUGAGGGCAAUGAGAGAGAGAGAGAGAGAGCAAGUGUAAAGAGGGAGAGAGACAGAGAGAGAGAGUCAGGAUUUUGGAGAGUUCAUCAAUGGAGGAAGGAGGAGGAGAAGAAGGAGACACAGAGCAAACUUCUCUUCCUCUUUGGAUUCAUUCCUGCUUUACUAUUUACUAUUAUUAUUAUUAUGAUUAGUAUUUUUAGUUUUUAUGGUUACUACUA